AUGGAGAUGAGGAUAGAAGGAAAGCUCAUAGAGCAGAACCUCCAGCGAGUCCCCAUCUCAUCCGAUGUUGUGCAGGAACACAACAUGCAUAAAUUUGGUGAUCUAGCAAUGCCCUCGAAAAUUCGCGAACGAGUUCAGACGGCGCUCGAUGCGGAAAGGGAUAAUACCUUUUUGCUGAAGAGGUUAUUUCGUGAAAAGGAUCAGGCAAAAGCUGGCUCUAAAAGAAUUACAUUGCUUCCCGACGGCCACCAUGAUGACGGGGUUUUGGACCCAGGCAGGAAAGACUGGCUGCCGAGGAUGCCUAAGCGGUUGGGUAACAAGGCAGUGGAGGCACCAGAGGAGGAGUGA